AUGAAGACCUGGAUCCUUCUCAUCACAGCAGGAAUUGCCUGCAGCUUGGCCUCUGGCACUGCUGAGGAUAAAGAGGAAACAGAGACAGCACAUGCCAGCUCUGCCGGCUUGUACACAGAUCCCGACUCCUGCAGGGGGCGCUGCCACGAGCCGUACAACAAGCAGGAUGAGUGUCACUGUAAUACCAAGUGUGAAAAACAUCGCAACUGCUGUGAAGAUUACCAUAUGCACUGCAGUAAGGAUGGGAGACAGAAGGACCCCAUGGCAGGGCCUGCAGACUCCAUGGAGGGAUUCUCCAGCAGUCACGACUCCAUCACCAACGAAGAGCUCCUGAGCAUCUCCGAGCAGCUUUUCAAGGUGGACCACAACAAAGCCCAGAAGUCAGACAUCACCAUUAACCCGCAGCAUCUCGCCUCCUCCGCCGAGACCAGAGACAAAGAGGAUCAUUCUCCUGAGCCACUCUACACGUAUGUCAAUGAGAAGCUCUUCUCCAAACCCACCUAUGCCAGCUUCAUUAAGCUGCUGGAUAAUUACCAAAGGAUGACGGGCAGAGGGGAAGCCUUCAGUGCCGAGCAGCUGAAGGAGCAGGAGAACUUCCUGCAGGAGGUCAUGAAAACGGAGCUCAUGAAAAAGCUUUACAAUUUCCUGCACAAGAAAAAGCGCUACAGCACCCAGGAGGAGUUUGUCAGCGACCUGAAGGAGAUGUGGUUUGGCCUUUACUCCAGAGGCAAGGAUGAGGGGGAUUCCAGCGGCUUUGAGCACGUCUUUUCAGGGGAAGUCAAAAAAGGAAAAGUGUCCGGAUUCCACAACUGGAUUCGUUUCUACCUUCUGGAGAAGCAGGGGCUGGUUGACUACCACAGCCAUAACUACGACGGGCCUUGGGACUCAUACCCUGACGUGCUGGGGAUGCAGUUCAGCUGGGAUGGCUAUAUCAAGGAGGUGGGCUCUGCCUUCAUUGGCUGCAGCCCUGAGUUUGAAUUUGGCCUCUACACUUUGUGCUUCAUUGCUCGGCCGGGGAAGAUGUAA